GUUACACGAAAACAACAGGACAUUUGUAUCAGCAUUAGUCUGGACCUUUUUAUUGAGAUCGGAACGGGAAGAAAAAGAAAAAAGAAAAAAAACGAACAUUUCCUCCUGACCUGGGACUUAUAUAGCCUGAUAUGAAGGUGCCGCAGUCUUUAUUUUCCUCAGUUAUGCUGUAAAGAGUAACUUAAAGUAGUUUUUACUUGGAUUUUACUGGGGAAUGGUAGAGCACAACGGUAUGGAUAUUACCUCCCUGAACAAGUACACAUCUGAUCCCGCUGUUCAUCCUGGUCCAGCCAAGGUUAAAGAUGUGUUUAUUAAGGGCUGGAGUGAUUACCCGGAGAGGACCUCCCGGGUGCUUAGCGCCCAGUAUGGCCUCAAUCUGUUCAUAAUGGGGUCCUCCUUGAUGCUAGCCUUCUCACAUGAGGGCACCCCUAUCCAUGAGGAGCACGUCAUGGUCUUCAUGUCGGGUGUCAUGAUCAUCCAGAUUCUCUGGAUGUUAUGGUAUGCCUUGAAAAGGGUUACAGUCCAGAGAGGCGUCGAGCAAGAUAUCGAUGUGCACGCCGGCCCAUGGUACAUAAGAGCCGGUUUAACAGUUCUGGCGCUGCUUUCCUUAUGCUUGGAUAUUUUGCGAGUCGGUUACUACGUCGGCCACAGAGUUUGCCUUGACACCCGAUUUGGGCUCUUCGCCUUCGUUAAAUUUUUUCACACAGCUUCACAGAUCUAUUUCCUUUGGUUUCACGUAUGUGAUGUCGUCAUGGGCUUAGAGACUUUCGAAAGGUUUGGCGUGAUGCACGCCAUCUUCACCAACCUUAUUGUUUGGGGCAAUGGUGUUAUGGUAGAGUCUGACCACUACUUGGACUUAGCACUGGCUUUCGUGAACUUCACUGUAGAUGCCCAUGCACCUGACUGUAACUGCAGUAGUGGCAUCUGCAUUGCAUAUACUAAAAGUGUCUACUAUCUGUACCCGUUCAACGUCGAAUACCACGUAAUAGUAUCCGCCAUACUUUUUUGCAUGUGGAUGAACAUCGGCCAGGUCCUUAUACACCAGACCCCUCGAGGAACAACCAAAGUCAAGCCUGUGGCAGUGAUCAUAGGCCCAGUGCUGGGCAUGCUUGCCAUUUGUAGCACCAUCGCAGUCUUGGUGAUUUACCUCUCCAAGAUGGGUGGAAACACGGAAACACGAGAUUGGGCCAUCUCAGUGUUUUAUAUCUACGGCAUUGUCAUGCUCUUUUCCAUGAGCGUAGCGUCAAUAGUGGGCCUCCUGCUCUACCGGAUGGACCAUUCACCAUUGGACAACUUACAGAUCACCCCAAGGGGGCUGGAUGCACAGCUACUCUUUGCCACGUCCAUGGGAGCCUGGCUCUUGUCCUGGUGCAGUAUUGUGGCUGUUUUGGCUAACCCGACUUACGAGAGCUACCGCUGGACUAACUUUACAUACUCCCUUCUGAUGGUUCUUCAGAAGUAUGUGCAGAACCUCUUCAUCAUCGAGGCACUCUAUCGCUCUGCUGGGGAGGGAGCAACUGAGCCUCCCUCACAGGUCUUCUCAGUGACCACCCCAGAUGCAUCCCAAAAUGGAGCUGUGAAUCCUGCCUUUGAACAGCAGGAGGCAGAUGCAUCCCCCGACCCCAAUAUCCCAACAGGCCCCAAUCCAGAAAGGCCUUCUCCUGAUUUCCUGAGAGUAAAACAAGAGGCCCUGAAGAACGUCUCCAUCUUCUUGCUCCUCUGCAACGUCUCUCUGUGGCUAAUACCAGCAUUUGGCUGCCGACCCCAGUAUGAUAAUGAGCUGGAGCAAGAGACCUUUGGCUUUGAGAUGUGGACCACUUUGGUGAACAUUGCCAUGCCUGUGAACCUCUUCUACCGCAUGCACUCCGUCGGGGCCCUCUUUGAUGUCUAUAUUAGGGUGUGAACCAUGGAAACAGGAGUCCUCCUGCUGCAGCAUGUCCUGUCAAGAAUCAAGGUAUUCUACAUGACAUGCUGUUGUUUCAGACCAUUAUAGAGUGUUGAAAACCAUGUAGGGUGAGAAGGAAGGUGUGUCGGUCACAAACGGACGAUCACAUUUGGUGCUCUCUUUUCUGCAUGAGUCGCUGAAACACCACCAAAAAAAUAACAGAAAAUGGUAGAUUGGACUGUAAAGUUAUAUACUUGAAUUUCUUUUCACUCAGUCACCUUUGAUUCCCAUUUUAAUAAGUGAUGUUUUGCAUGAGAUCCCAAUUAUGUAGAUUUUUUUUGCUGUUUUAACGCACAGUGCCUUUCACAUAUGGACAACAACAAGAAACAAAAAAAAAAAUAAUGGGAUGGAUGUUUAACAAGAUAUUUUUAAAAUAGCGUGAGUUCCAAAUAUCGGAGAGAAGUCCUGGCUGAGUUUUGUUGCGAUGAAGAUGCAAUUUUAUCGUUGUGGAUGCUUUAAAUUUUAUGUACUGUCAGAGAACAUUUAUGAAGCAUGUAUGACAGCUUUAUGACCAUGAUACCUAACUUACCAACUCGCACUGACAAAGGCUUCAAGUGAGAACUAAAAAGGCAUAUAUGUAUAUUGUGUAUAAUAUAAAUCAACAGUAAAUCAUAUCUAAAUAAAGGACUAUCGUAACUCAACUGAACUAAACCAUUGUUUUUACAAAGUCCCUACUGGUCAAUAUUGACUAAACCGAAAACGAGUCACUUGUCAAUUUUUUGUGAACUUGUAAUUCUGUGCUGAUGAAGAUGCUUUGGAAAGUACACUUAUCGCAAAUUUUACCUGUAAUGUUAAUGCUAGCAUAGUACUGCCGUCAUCAUUUUUUAUGUAAUCUUUUAUCGUGAGGAUGUUUCAAACAUAGCGACUUAGAACUGAAUACGUAAACCUGUGGGACACUUGAAGCCUGUGGCCGACCAAUGAGAUGUGUACUCUUGUUACAUACAUGUUGUCUUUGAUAAGAAUCAUUUUGCCUGUUUAUUUUUUACAUAGUUUUAUGGUCAUAUUGUUAUUUUCUGUUAGAAUGUCAUUGAACAGUUGGUUUGUGCUCUGCUGCUUCUGAAGAGAUGAGUUUCGUCCACUGGCAGUCCAGCCUUUGCAUACCAUAUCUCUCAUUGUAGUCAUGCAUCUUCCUUUAACCACAAAGGACUAAAUGGACGGUGGGUGGGGAUUUUGGGGUUUUAUCUGACCACAGCAUCUUGGAGAAGAAUAGCUUGGUCAAGCUGAAAUCUCAUCGUUUAGAGGGGGCUGGGGAAUUUAGCUUUAUUCCAAGCCUCCCACCAAAGAUCAUGGUCCUCCAGUUCGUUUUAAACCCCGCUUGGCCAUCUGGAUGUUGGCGUGUAACUCUCUCAAAUUCACACCAGUGCACGGCUCCUCAUAGGAUAUGGCAGCGGACACACGUUUGGGACCUCGCCUGUGGGGAACACCUUGUUGCCCCAUUUUCCAAGAGGAAGACUGCCUCAUGUCUAAGCCCACUUUGUGAGCUUCAGCUGUGAGCCCCCAUCAGAGCAGGGAACCAGCAGAACUCAUGAUUCCAGAGCCCACUGUGGACAUUCCCAUGGUCAGAUUUCCACUGCAGAGAGUUACAUCCCAUCUACUUGAGGUCUUCUCUCCACCACUGAGAGUGCCUGCGCAGCUCCACUUGCAUCGCCAGCUUGGACCGGGGAGAUGUUCCGUUGAUUUUGCAAUGAAAUGAUGAAUAUUGACGUUGCUACUGCUUUAUUUGGUUCAUCAAGGUUUUGAAAAAUAUAUUACAACCCUAAUCUGGUGGUAUUAUCCUUGUGAGACUUUAUGUUUUUAAUAUUAGCCUUCUCUCACUGCAAUGGUUUUAUUUUUCUCAAUUUCUGUU